AUGACAGAAGUAGACAACUAUGGGACUGAUCUUCUUGGACUACUUGUGAAGGCAAGUAACGAUGCAGAUGAGAAUAAGAGGAUUACAGGGGAAAAUGUGGUUGAUGAGUGUAAGGCCUUUUACAUUGCUAGACAUGAAACGAUAACCACCUUGCUUGCAUGGUCUGUUCUUCUUCUAGCAAUCCAUACAGAUUGGCAAGAGGAAGCAAGAAAGGAGGUCCUUGAACUGUUUGGCCAACAAGAUCCAAAUGCAGAAGGCAUUCCAAGAAUGAAAAAGAUGAACAUGAUCAUUAAUGAGUCACUGAGACUAUAUCCUCCUAUCAUCAACAUUACAAGAAAAGUUCAACGAAAAGUCAAAUUGGGACAAUUCAUUCUUCCGGCCAAUAUAAAUGUGACUAUUUUGACAUUGGCACUUCAUCUUGAUCGUCAAAUAUGGGGAGAUGAUGUGUAUCUUUUCAAACCAGAACGAUUUUCAGAAGGAGUUGCUAAAGCUGCCAACAACAACCCAGCAGUGUAUCUUCCAUUUGGUUUUGGACAACGAAGUUGUGUUGGCACAAGCUUUGCAAUCAAUGAAACAAAAAUCGCUUUAUCAAUGAUUCUGCAACGCUAUGCCUUCACUUUAUCCCCAACCUAUAGUCACUCACCAGUUCAAGUUUUAACAUUUCGUCCGCAACAUGGGAUUCAAGUCAAGCAUCAUGCUCUUUAG